AUGAAAACAUUCCUCUCUAAACAUUCCUUGCUGCCAUCAAAAUCAACGACAGGUGGCAGCACUGGUAAAUCAAAUCAAGACAUGGCAAAUUCAAAAACCGAAUUAGAAGAAGCAACUAUCGAAAGUGCACUUCAUGAUCCGAAAUUACUAACUGUUGGUUCCGAACCUUCCAUGAGUAAACAAAUUUCCAAAUCUCAAGGUCAAUUCGAUGAUGGAAUUUUGAAACGAGCCGAAAAGAGUUUUGGAGGUUUUUUCAAAGCAUUGAGGAAUGAGAAGGAUGACAAUCAGAAAAAGAAGAAACCAAACAAAUUUUCCAACUCUCUGCAUAAUAUAAACAAGAUGACUGAUGACGUGACUAGUCCAAAAACAAGUCAACCUAAUUUACAAAAGAAUGGUACUGGUUCAUUUCUCACUCUUCCCAAUUUAAAAGCACCAGAUGAUCAGAGAUUAAGUAUUACAUCUUAUGACAGUAGUUGUCAUUCAAUGAGUCAGGGAAAUUUAGAAGAAUUGUCUCCAUCACCAAAUGCUCAAUAUUUUCAUAAGAGAAGAGAAGGGGAGAAAUCAUUGGAUGAUUUGUCGCCAGAUGUAUUGGGGUAUAUCAUUAGCUUUUUGCCAUCUAACUUGGAAAUUGUUAAGGAAUAUUAUAGAGAUUCGUAUAGUCAAUUAUUAGAAAUUAGAAAGAGAGCUAAACUUUCAAUGAAUGGAAAGAAUAAGAUUGAAGCGAUUAAUAGCAAACAAAAGAAGGCUCUCAAAAAGUUGCUCUAUUCUAAAAAGGAAGCAACUCGAUCUUUUGGUGUAUUUUCACUUUGUUUUACGAAACGAUAUUUCUAUGAAGAGUUAUUCGAAAGGGUUUCAUUCUGGCAAAGUUUAUGUGAGGUUUGUAACAGGAUUGACUUGAGAAGUUGGGAUUCUUUCUGUCAAAAAGUUGAUCAAUCACAUGAUGAUAAGGAACAAAUUGACAUGUGGCAGAAUAUUUACAGAUAUUACAAUGAAUUUUCUGCCAGAUGGGAAAUUCAUCCAGAUUUUGUGCAUUCAGUAUUCAAGAUUUCUCAAAAUGAUUUGAAAAUUAAGAGAAGUUCCAAAAAGUCAAAACUCAACUCAAGUCAUCUUGGACACUUGAUUGAAUAUAAGGAUGAAUUCAAGAGCUUGUUGAAUACAGGUUCCAAAAAAGAUUCAUUAUGUGCCAUUUCAUCCAAUUCAUUCACUCCUGGUAACUUGUACUAUAUAGAAUGUGAAUGCAAGUUUAGUUCAAUUUCUUCAAGAUUAGCCAUAGGUAUCAUGCCAGAUACAGAUUGUUUCUUUAAGGAGCAUCAAGAUCCAACAGCUCACAAUAUGGACUAUUCCUUCACCAGCUUUGAUGACACAACCUCUCCAUUGAAGAACAUUUGCAGAAACUCUCUCAAUAUGGCUCAAAACAUUUCACUCAACUUGUCCAAUGUUCAUUCACCAUUCAAUCCAAAAGAAUACACCUCUCCUGAUAUGCUCUGUCUCUCCAUGCUUGAGAAUAUGGAAGAUUCCCAACUCUUCCUCUCAGGAGACAAGAUUAGUAUCAUUAUCGACUAUGCCCACACUGAAAAGAAUGUUCUCAAAUUGUACUAUUGUAACAAUUGGGAUAGCUCAAAAGAAAGGACUACCUUUGCAAAAUCCAUCGAGAGAAUUAAACUUUACGAUAGGACAAGAGCUGAAGGUCAAUUCGCUAAUUAUCUUCCUCAAAAUUUAGCUCUCCAAGAUGAUAAGGUGUUGAAUUACUUGAUUAAGGAUGAAAUUUCACAAAUUCAAAAGGAAUGUAAAAAGAAUUCUUCAACAACAACAACCACAGAAGACAAUGUCAAUCAAUCAUUUGAAGAUAGAAUUAGUGAACCAUUCAAAAAGUACAGUUCCAGACAUGUUUAUUUCCUUUCCAAAUAUAGAAAUUCCACAGAACAAAAUUAUCAAUAUCCGAAAGGAUAUAAAUCACAUGCAAGACGUGAAAUUAUUUCAUUUUUCAAAGUUGAUGAAAAGAAUGAAAGUUCACAUCCAAUCAAAUCUUUGAGUUCUGCAUUUGAUCCGACUAGGGAACGUCCAACUAUUUGUACAGCUGACUUGUACUUGCCAAAUAUCAAACUUUGCAUGUCAAGUCAAGAAGUUGGAGAUUCUGUCAAGAUUGUGAAACCUUCACUUCCUUAUCCACCUUUCUUUUAUCAUUUAUUAUCACAAAAAGAAUAAGAAACCUAACUAAUCUAACUAACUCAAAUAACAAACUCACCACAACUUAAUAAAAACCUCAAUCUAA